AUGCUGGUGACACAGCGGUGGGCUUUUGCGGAGUCUUGCGGGAUGGACGCGUUUCAAACGCAUGUGUUUGUUUGCGUCGGUUUUUUUUUUUUGUGUGUUUGUUUGGGGCUUUUCUGCACUGCCUUUUUUUUUAUUCUGUUUUUUUUUUUUUUUUGCCGCCCCGAAAACACCGCGCUGUGCGUUUGCGCGGCUUCUGGAUGCACCGGCAUGCGUGGCGCGGACAGAUUUGUGGGGCUUUUGAUGUGCGCCAACGACAUGGCGGAUCUCCGGGAGGUGCUGCUGCAGGCCGCGGAGAGUCGUGCAUUGGCGCUUGGUCGCUUCUACACGGACUUGCAGCUCACGGAGGAGCAGCUGCGUGGCGUCGAACGGGACUUGCGGCUGGCACGAGUGUCGGAGCAGCAGCGCGUGCAGAGUGCGCUGCGGCGAGCGGAGCUCAAUGCCCAACGGCAGGUGCUGCUCGAGGCGGAGCGGCGCGGAGCGUCGUCUUCUGCUGUGAAGGCGGUGGGGGCCUUCGCGCGCGAAUUGCGGGCGAGGGCGAUGACGGCGCUGCAGCAGCACGCGGAAGCUGUUGACACGCAGGCGAAUCGAGUGGGCUUGCCGUCGUUCAUUGAGCGCAACAGCAGGAACGAAGCGUUGGACUUGUCGGUUGCCUCCACGACGGAUUCCGUGCCGCAUGUCGUUCUUAGCGUUGAAGUGGGAGGUGGCCGGGUGGACCGUCUGGCGCUGCGCGACGGGGAUGACGUGGAUGAAAUCGCAGCAGCGUUUGUGCGCCGCCACGGACUGCCGCAGCACACCAUUGACGCCCUUGCGAAGCAUGCGUUGACGGCACUUGAAGAACGGCGCCGUUGA